AUGAGUAAUGCACAAGAAGCUUUGGAAGAAGCUUUGGAAGAAGCUUUCGAACCUCGAUGGCGACAAUAUAGAUAUAAAGAAGUUCCCUUAUAUGGUGAAAUCAGGUAUUAUCGUUGUUUGCCACUCAUCUAA